AUGUUCAACUCUAUGCCCCUCGCCCUCGUCGGGCUCUCAAUCACCGCCCACGCCCUCCCGCAAGUCCUCGACCUCAGCAAAGCCUGCACGCACAGCUUCAACUCCGAACAAGAAGCCCAUACCGCGUGGAUCAAGUCCGGCGCCGGCAUCGUCCUCAAGUCGCUCGAUGGCAUGCCCGACCAGCGCCCCAACUGGGUCGUCGAUAUGGACGCCUUCAUCCGCGAUACUGACGCCGGCAUGACCCAGAUGAACUAUGGUUCCAUCGAUGGGAAUUGCCUGCCUUUGUUGGAUUGCGAGGCGUACAAGGCGAAGAAUCUGGGCUCACAUUAUUAUGUGAUGCGGGCGAUCCAGGGGGCGCAUAGUCUGGCGAAUUAUAUGAGGGAGGGGUUGCAGGAUAUUUUGUCGAUUGGCAGCUUGAUCGAAUAUUGGAAGCCAGAAGACAGUGCGGACAAGACGAUGUUUUCGUACCUCUCUGCUGCCUUCAGCAUGGCUUCUGGUGCAACCGCAGCCGACCCCAGAGUCUCCGGCUUCAUGGGCUUCAUGUCCGGAGUAACAGCAGCCGCCAGCCAGGCUCUCGACAGCGAAGGCGACGAAUACCGAGGCUCCAUGGAAGAAGUCGUUCUGAGAAUGUUCUCUUCGUCCCGCGAUGCCAUCAAGAACACCCUCCACGCCGCUAUGGUCUCGGACAAUGCCGAUGAUGUGAAGAAGUAUCUCCCAGAAGGCACACUCGAAGGGUUCUUCGGCGAGGGUCGCUAUCUCUUCAACGACGUUUCGGCUGUUGGCCAGCCUGUCAUCGACGGCAUGUUCACGCGCAUGAAGCAGGCGCUCGUGAAUGUCAUCCUGCAAAAGACGGGACAUCGGGUGUUGGUCGAUGAUUAUAUUCGUGACGCUGGUGAUUGCAACUACCCGGGAGCUUGGUGGAGCGGCUCCACAUCAACAUGCUACUACCUGAUCGAGAAAGUCGGUACCAGCGCACACAUGUGUCUCGCUGGCGAUGCCGAUGCUUGCGACUGGAAGCCCCUUACGGACGACCAGAAGAAGAACAUCGAGAGCUACGGCGUCGACCUUGGUGAUCUCUACAAGAACGCUUGUCAGUGCGCCUACCAGUCCCAGAACAGCCAGACGUCUCCAGAUCCUACAGCCGUGCCCACAGAUGGUUCCCUGCCACAGUGCUUCUACUCGAUCGAGUGCAGAGUCGGCACCCCAUGGGACUUCUCUUGGGACCAUAGCGAGGUUCUUGAGUGGUAUGCGAUUGACGAGAAGCGUGUACCUUACAGCUAG